CGCUGGGAGGAGGGGGAGCGACUGCGCUCCCUGGGUCAAGGCGGAGGGUGCGAGGAGUGGGGUGGAGAUGCCCCGGGCUCAGGGAGGGGCCGCAGCUCUGUCAGCCGCAGCGGAGCCGCCUGUGAGUUCCGCGCGAGUAGAGCUAGAGCCCCCAGUUCUUCGCUAGCUUUCUCGAUCACUCCCUCCCUUCCUCCCUCCUUUCCUCUCCGCGGCCGCGGCGGCGCUGAGAAAGAGGCGAAGAGGAGUGGCCCUACCCUGGAAGAAUGCGGCUCUGCCGAGGGGGCAGAAUCCGACGCAGUCUCCCCACGGUUUGAGCUGCCCGAGUCCAGGCGACCCGAUCCCGCCGGUCGCAGACCCUGCACCAGAGCAGCUGGAGGCCUUGAUCGAUUUGCCCACCGGGGCCUUCGGGCCCGGGCUUCGACAUGCAGGAGGAGCCCCGGCCACGGCCUCCACCCUGGGGCUUCGCGGGUCUCCUGUUCCUGGCGUUGUGCAGUCGGGCUCUAAGCAAUGAGAUUCUGGGCCUGAAGUUGCCCGGCGAGCCGCCGCUGACUGCCAACACAGUGUGCUUGACGCUGUCGGGCCUCAGCAAGCGGCAGCUAGGCCUGUGCCUGCGCAGCCCCGACGUGACGGCGUCCGCACUUCAGGGCCUGCACAUUGCGGUCCACGAGUGUCAGCACCAGCUGCGCGACCAGCGCUGGAACUGCUCUGCGCUCGAGGGCGGCGGUCGCCUGCCGCACCACAGCGCCAUCCUCAAGCGCGGUUUCCGUGAGAGCGCUUUUUCCUUCUCCAUGCUGGCUGCUGGGAUCAUGCAUGCGGUAGCCACAGCCUGCAGCCUGGGCAAGCUGGUGAGCUGCGGCUGUGGCUGGAAGGGCAGUGGUGAGCAGGAUCGGCUGAGGGCCAAAUUGCUGCAGCUGCAGGCCCUGUCCCGGGGCAAGAGUUUCCCCCACUCCCUGCCCAGCCCGGGUCCUGGCUCAGGCCCCAGUCCUAGUCCCCAGGACACAUGGGAAUGGGGAGGCUGUAACCAUGACAUGGACUUUGGAGAGAAGUUCUCUCGGGAUUUCUUGGAUUCCAGGGAAGCUCCCCGGGACAUCCAGGCACGAAUGCGAAUCCACAACAACAGGGUGGGGCGCCAGGUGGUAACUGAAAACCUGAAGCGGAAAUGUAAGUGCCAUGGCACAUCAGGAAGCUGCCAGUUCAAGACCUGCUGGAGGGCUACCCCAGAGUUCCGGGCAGUGGGGGCAGCACUGAGGGAACGCCUGGGCCGGGCCAUCUUCAUUGAUACCCACAACCGCAACUCUGGAGCCUUUCAGCCCCGCCUUCGUCCUCGUCGCCUCUCAGGAGAGCUGGUUUACUUUGAGAAGUCUCCUGACUUCUGUGAGCGAGACCCCACCGUGGGCUCCCCAGGCACGCGGGGCCGGGCCUGCAACAAGACUAGCCGCCUGCUGGAUGGCUGUGGCAGCCUGUGUUGUGGCCGUGGGCACAAUGUGCUCCGGCAGACACGAGUUGAACGCUGUCAUUGUCGCUUCCACUGGUGCUGCUAUGUGCUGUGUGAUGAGUGCAAAGUCACAGAGUGGGUCAAUGUGUGUAAGUGAGGGUCAGCCUCAAUGCAGGCUGGGGAAAGGGAGGGGAACUUUUUCAGCCUUUUGCUCUGAUUUCUGUCCAAGGUCAAUUUUGGCCCCUGGAAACUCAAAGUAUCUACCUGGAAACAGCUUUGGGGGUGGUGGGGGUCAGGUAGAGUCUGUGAUGUGUGGCCUUCUCCCCUACAGUUGGAAGGCCUUGGAGGGAAGAUGUCACCACUCUUCUGCUACUUAAAUACCUGAAUGAACUAAGAUGAAAUGCACUGUAUUUCCCCCUUCUCCCCAACCCUGGGGCCCCCUUAACUCUGAUCCAUAUUUCUUGUGGCUGGAGAGUCCCUAUAGUUUGACCACUCUUCUGAGGGCUAGCCCCAGGCACUGUGUGGAGCCAUGAGACCUGUAUUCAGAAAGAGACCACUCAUUGCAUUUGCUGUUCCCAAACUCCUCUACCUAGCCCGUGCCCCAUCUUGUGGGGGUAAUGGAAGACAGUGGUAGAAAGGUUUUUCUUAGAGCAGGGACAGAGUGCUAUGGGUGCUCUCCCCUGAGUCCAAGAGUCAUCUGUUCAGGCCCUUAGAGAAGCCGUCUUCCCUCCAUUCAGAUAUUAAAGGGGAUCCUCCAAAGGAAGAGUUUUACCUAUGACUCUCUGAGCCUCUUUUUAUUCCUUCAGGAGGAGGGGUGGGAAUGGAUAAUUUAUUGUACUGAGACUUGUUCUUGGUUCAUGUUUGUAACUAAAAUAAAUUAAAUUACUGGACUGGUGGAUGCAGGUGGUGAUAUUUCUGCCCACACUUGGGAUUUCAGUCUAUGGCUUCUUUUCCAGAUGAAUUCUACUACCCUCUUACAGUCAAUGACUUUAUUUAUGUAUAUCGUGCCUGGUUCCACAAAGGAUCUGAAGUGGUCCUCAGUGAUUUAGUUGGCAACUUUUAGUGUGAAAAACCAGGGCUAGAGAUCCAAACAUAGGCUGUAUUUAUUCUCUAUGUGCCUCAAUUCCAGAUUUUGCCUUGGUCACUGCCCUAGAACAAGGAUUGGCCUUUUUUCUUUUUCCCUGUAAAGGUCUUGAUAGUAAAUAUAUUAGGCUUGUGGGCUUUGUCACAACUACUUAACCCUGCAAUAAUUUCUCAACUCUGCUGUUGUAGAUCAAAAGUAACCACAAAUCAUACAUAAAGAACUGGAUUUCCAAUAAAAUUUAAUUUACAAAAAUGAACUGCAGAACCAGA